AUGCUCCAACCUCACCUGCUGCAGAAAAAGAUGGGCCUGAGCACCUGUGACCAACAUGGAGAACAAGAGAUGUUCUUCUGUGAGGAAGACCAGAGGCCCCUCUGUGUAUCCUGCUUAUCAGCCCCAGAGCACAAGGACCAUCAAGUCCUUCCCUUGGAGACAGCUGCUGACAAGUGCAAGAAGAAGCUCCGGGAGAGAUGGAACAUCUUACAGAAGAAAGAAGAGAAAUUUCAAACUGCACUGGACACCUUGAGAAGAAGAAAGGAGCAAUUCACAGAGCGUACCUACACUUUGAAAGAGACAACUAUUUCUGAAUAUGGCAAAAUUCACCAAUUUUUAUGGGAUGAAGAAUAUCAAUGCCUGCAAAAUCUGGAGCAGCAAUCCAGAGUCAAUGUGGUCAAACUGGAGGAGAAGGAGCAUGAGCUGACCCAACAAAUCCAGAAUCUACAACAAGUGAAGUUUGAAGUAGAGGAGAAUUUGGACAAGAUGCCCUUGGAAAUGAUCCAGGAUAUGCCAGGCACUUUGAAAAAGAAGGAAGAGCUCCUAUUGAAAAAACCAGUGCUUUCUUACAUUUUCUGGCCUACCUGCCCUGUCAGAGGCAUGAGAGAAAUCCUCAUGAGUUUCCACAGGGAUAUAACUUUUGAUCCUGAAUCAGCCCAUCCUCAUCUCGUCCUAUCUGAGGAUUUGAAGAGGGUCCAGUAUGGAAGCAUCUAUCAAGACCUGCCUGACAACAAAGAGGGAUUUGAGUCUGGUCUUGUGGUUCUGGGAGCACAGAAAUUCUCCUCUGGCAAACACUAUUGGGAAGUGGAGAUGGGAGACAAGACAGCGUGGGAAUUGGGCAUCUGUAAAGAUUCAGUCAGGAGAAAGGGGCUGAUCUCCUCCUCAUCUGAGGAUAUUAUGAAAUGA